AGAGUUGCAUCCAAUCUCUAUGCUCUCCUUCUCCAAACACUCUCUCUCGAUUCUCAAACACAGAAAAGGUCCCUACGUAUUCCCCCUUCCCUUCCCCAAUCUCGAUUCUCUCUUCUCCGAACACUCUCUCUGGAUUCUCGAACACAUAAGGUUGCAUCGCAUGAUUGAUUCAAGAUUUCAUGAUUCAUAUUUCCAGGCAGAGGUCUUGGUCUAAAAGGUGAAAGAAAUUGUGUGAAGAAAAUUGAAGCAGAUAGAAGUUAAUGUCUUAAAGCUGGAAAGAGUUAAGUCAGGCUAACUGAAGAACUUUGCUAUGAAAAGAGAUUUGUACGAUUACAAAGCAUUCUCCUUGAUUGUUGUCCAGACGGUGAUUUAGACCCUCAAUGGUUGUAGACCUACCGAUUAUAACUAAUUUGCUUCAGAUGCUGAAACGGUUUUCCACUUCUUAAUGAGAAGCUGUGAUAAAAUAUACGAAGUACACCGUAGUGCGGAGUUUACGGUUAAGCUCACUGAGUUGAGAACUGUGAAAACCGUGGAAUGGCGGAUUACCACUUUGUAUACAAGGAUUUGGAGGGAUCCUCAACACAAUGGGACGAUAUACAGAGGAAACUUGGAAAUCUCCCGCCAAAACAGCCGCCGUUCAAGCCACCAGGUUUCACGCCUGCCGAGGAUGAUGACUCUAAGACCAAAGACAAGGCCUGGAUCGACCAGAAAACAGAGGAAGAGCUUGAAGAUCUCGAAGGAGAUGAUCUCGACGAAGAUCGUUUUCUCGAAGAAUAUAGGAAGAAGCGGUUAACUGAGAUAAGAGAAGCAGCUAAGGUAGCAAAGUUUGGUUCAGUUAUUCCAAUUUCAGGAUCUGACUUUGUUCGUGAAGUCUCACAAGCUCCUCAAGACAUUUGGGUUGUGGUGAUGCUCUAUAAAGACGGAUACCCAGAGUGCAGGAUGCUUUUGCAAUGUCUGGAAGAUUUGGCUAAAAGGUACCCUGCAACAAAGUUUGUGAAGAUUAUAUCAACAGAGUGCAUUCCAAACUAUCCAGACCGUAAUCUGCCAACUAUUCUGGUUUACAAAAAUACUGAUGUUAAGGCAACUUAUGUGGGAACACAUAGCUUUGGUCGGAGAUGCACUCCUGAAAGUGUGGCCUUAGUUCUAUGCCAGUCAGAUCCUGUGCUGAAUGAUGGGCAUGGCGGGGAACAAUCAAGAGAAACUGUUCAGGAUGGAAUCAGGAAGAAGUUUCUUGAGAGGGCCAUAAAAGAGCGUGAAGAUGAUGAUGGAUCUUUAAGUGAUUGAUGUUUCCAUGGUGGUGAUAUUUCAUUUCCCAUCCUCCUCUUUCCCCCCUCAUAUUUGUACCCAGAUGCUAAACUCUCAGCUUGUGUGAUCUGGGCGCAUGAACAAACACCUCUUCCAUGGUUUAUUAGAAAUUUUUUAUAUAUCUUGUAUAUGUUCUUUUUUUUGCUUUUUCAAGAAAUGUCUGAUCACCUGAGCUUGAUGUUAGCUGUACAUUAUACUUCUGAAUAUUUUUGUGGUUCAGGGCUUUUAAUUUUUUAGUGUUACACUGUUACUCCAUCGUUUUGUUUUUACUCACUUCUGUUAGUUUUAUAUACCUAAAUUAAGAGUAAA